AUGAAUCCUCCACCGCACUUCAUCUUCUCCGCCCUACAUUUACUCUUCAUUUUCCUCACCUCCUCCGCCUCCCAACCGGAGCUCCGAUCUCUACUAGAAUUCAAAAAAGGCAUAACCUCAGAUCCAUCAAAUCUCGUUCUCAACUCAUGGAACCCCUUUUCCAUCACCGACUUCGACGUUUGUCCACCCAAAUGGGAAGGAAUCUCCUGCGACGAACUCACCGGAAACGUCACCGGAAUUGUACUCGAGAAUCACAACCUCACCGGAGAGAUAAAGUUCCAUACUCUCCUCGACCUUAAAAUGCUCAAAAACCUCAGUCUCGCCGGGAAUCAGUUCUAUGGUGGCCUUUCCAUUACUCUUGAGAAUGUUUCCUCUUUGGCUAAUACUGUUCGGUUUUUGAAUGUCAGUCACAAUAAAUUGAACGGGAACUUCUUUCUGAAGGACGCAAUUGGGUUGUUUUGGAACUUGCGAGCUUUGGAUUUGAGUGAUAAUAUGAUUAGAGGGGAGCUUCCUUCUUUUGUUUCCUUUCGUGAACUUCGAGUUCUGAAACUUACGAGUAAUCUUUUCUUUGGGGAUGUGCCGGAGGACUUGUUGUUGACUUCAAUGUCUUUGGAAGAAUUGAAUCUCAAUUCCAAUGGAUUUACUGGCUCAAUUGGUGUAAUUAACUCUACCACUAUAAAUAUUUUGGAUCUUUCAUCUAAUAGUUUAUCAGGACCAUUGCCAACUUCUUUGAGAAGCUGUACAAUCAUAGAUUUGAGCAGGAAUAUGUUUUCUGGAGACAUUUCUGUAAUAGAGAACUGGGAAGCCACUAUGGAGGUUAUUGAUUUGAGUUCAAACAAGCUGUCAGGAUCCUUGCCUUCAAUUAUAGAAUAUUCAAAAUUGUCUACCCUUGACUUAAGUUUGAAUGAACUUAAUGGAUCCAUUCCAGUUAGUUUGGUUAUUUCACCAUCACUGACAAGACUCAAUCUUUCUGGAAAUCAAUUUACAGGACCACUUUUGCUUCAAGGUUCAGGGGCUAGUGAAUUAUUACUCACGUCUCCUUUUCUUCCAAUGGAAUAUUUUGAUGUAUCAAACAACUCUUUAGAAGGCUUCUUGCCUUCUGAUAUAGGUAGGAUGGUUAAGCUCAAACUGCUGAAUCUUGCAAGGAAUGGCUUUUCUGGACAAAUUCCUAAUGAAUUGAGCAAACUUAUUGAUUUAGUGUCCCUCGAUUUGUCUAACAACAAAUUUACUGGCAAUAUUCCUGACAAGCUUUCGUCUAGCUUGAAUGUAUUUAAUGUGUCCAACAAUGAUCUAUCUGGCCUUGUUCCCGAAAAUUUGCGGCGAUUUCCUACAUCAUCCUUUAACCCUGGAAAUGAAAAGCUUAAGUUAUCAAAUGAUUCUCCUAGUUAUCCGUCACUGCCAAGCACUGUUCAAAAUAAACAUCAUAGUUCAAAGGGUAAUAUCAGGAUAGCAAUUAUCCUUGCUUCUGUGGGUGCUGCUGUGAUGAUUGCUUUGGUUUUAUUGGCUUAUCAUCGAACACAAGCAAAAGAAUUUCAUGGGAGAAGUGAGUUUGGUGGUCAAACUACUGGAGGACUUUCAAGGGCUUCUCUCUUCAAGUUCCAUUCAAAUGCUCUUCCUCCAUCAUCUUCGGCAAGUUUCGGUAAGUCCCGAUAUCAUUUUGCUUUUGUUGUUUGUGAAACUGCCACACUGUUUGAAUCUGAAUUGUAG